GCUGCGACGGUCCUGCGGGGAAUAAAAUGGAAGGAGAGUCAAACAGAUUUGAGAAUUAUACUCCAGUUUUUGACAAGAAGAACAAAAAGUACUUUGCAUAUAAGGAAAGACCCCAGAAACAUACCCAUGAAAGUUUCAGAAUCUCCCCUCUGGAAGGUGACCAGCUUCAAAUAACUAAGAGUAAGAAGAAAAAAGAUUUCCAGCUUCUAAUUUCUUCUCCUUUGAAAAAACCAGAAAUCUGUGAUCAGACUGAAAAGGCUACUUCUACAAACAAGAAGAAGAAAAAGAGGAGAAAGAGUGCUCUGGGGGUAGACCGGGAAACAGGGGUUGCUUAUGUCCUCGUGGAUAAAGAAAACAUUGAGAACACGCCCAAGAACUUGGGGAGAGACGUGGAUGUCGUCUACGUAGAUAUCAGCAGAGAGCAAAACUCAGCAGAAGGGUGUGUGGUGGGUGAGCACGUGGCCACUGAGUCUCCUAAAGGUGGGCCAGAGGAGCCGUGGAGCGGAGCCAGGGGGAGAAAGAGUCGGAGCCAGCCGGGGGGAGUCGCAGCACCCGAGGACCCUCGAGGGGGCAAUGUACUGCCCCAGCUGGAGUCACCGGCUCAGCCACCCUUGUUUUCUCUGAGCCUUGAAGGGGAAAUCUCAGAACCACCAGUGUCCACUGGUAAAAAGAAGUCUAAGAAAAAAAAAAGGAAAAGGUCCAGCGUGCAGGAAUGGGAGGCCUCAGCGGGGCCUGGGGAUCUAGCUCACCAUCCCCCCAAAGAACCUCAGGUGGCCAUUGAAGCAGAGGCUGGAGAAGGCAGUGACACACUAAAGAGGGUGAGAAGGUCCAGUGCUGUGAAGAAGGCCAAGAGGAGGAGGCACGUCUCCACGGAAAGCCCUGUGGAGUCUGGUGGUUCUUCAGCACUGGAUGAAAACUCUGGGAACACGCGCUCUGGUUCACCGGAGGGCGAAAGCACCAUGAUGGAAGAAAGGGUGACAGUCCGGCCCCUAGAGGGGAGAGCCCAGGCCGCGCAGGGGGAGAAGCAGGUGCCAGAGGCGCAGAGGUUAAACCCUGCAGUUGAGGAAGAGCAUGGCUUGGCAUUGCCUGGGGAUUCCACAGCAAGACGUUUAUCUGAAGAGCAGAGAGAGUCUGGUGACUCAGAUGUGGACUUGGAUUCCGCCGUGAGGCAGCUCCAGGAGUUCAUUCCUGACAUAAAGGACAGGGCUGCCACUACCAUCAAGCGGAUGUACCGUGACGACUUGGGACGGUUUAAAGAAUUUAAAGCUCAGGGUGUUGCUAUUAGAUUUGGCAAAUUUUCUGCAAAGGAAAAUAAGCAGAUAGAGAAAAAUGUGCAAGAAUUUCUGUCUCUGACAGGAAUUGAAAAUGCGGACAAGCUGCUAUACACAGACAGAUACCCAGAGGAGAAGUCUGCCAUUACUGAAUUGAAAAGAAAGCAUGCGUUUAGGGUGCACAUUGGUAAGGGCAUUGCUCGGCCCUGGAAACUCGUAUACUAUCGAGCAAAAAAGAUGUUUGACGUCAAUAAUUACAAAGGCAGGUAUAGCCAAGGAGAUACGGAGAAGUUGAAGGCAUACCAUUCCCUCCACGGGAACGACUGGAAAAAGAUUGGAGCCAUGGUGGCCCGAAGCAGCCUCUCGGUUGCCCUGAAGUUCUCCCAGAUCAGCAGUCAAAGAAAUCACGGUGCUUGGAAUAAGACGGAAACACGGAGGCUCAUCAAGGCUGUUGAAGAGGUGAUUUUAAAGAAAAUGUCUCCCCAGGAGAUGGAAGAGAUGGAUUCACAGCUCCAAGAGAAUCCUGAAGGUCGCCUGUCAAUCGUCCGGGAAAAACUCUACAAGGGCAUAUCCUGGGUGGAAGUGGAAGCUAAAGUGGAAACCAGAAAUUGGAUGCAGUGCAAAAGUAAGUGGACGGAAAUUCUGACCAAGAGGAUGACUAAUGGUGGGUUUGUGUAUCGUGGAGUGAACGCGCUGCAGGCCAAAAUCAACCUUAUUGAAAGAUUAUAUGAAAUAAAUGUGGAAGACGCCAAUGAAAUAGAUUGGGAAGAUCUUGCUAGUGCCAUAGGCGAUGUGCCUCCAUCUUAUGUUCAAACUAAGUUUUAUAAGCUGAAGGCGGCCUGUGUUCCCUUUUGGCAGAGAAAGACGUUUCCAGAGAUCAUCGACUACCUUUACAAGACUAGUCUACCUGUGCUUAAAGAAAAGUUAAAAAAGAAGAUGGCGAGAAAAGGGACCAGAAUCCAGACUCCCACAGCACCCAAGCAGGUUUUCCUAUUUAGAGAUAUCUUUCAUUCUGAAGAUGAUAGUGAAGGAGAAGACACAGAAGAACAAAGUUAAGCAGAGGGCUCAGGUGCAGUUCAUUCCUGGUGCAGAAAGGCGAGAGGUGGAUGUGUGGAUCUUCUCUUCCUCCAGCUGGUGUGUGUCACUGCUUGCACACCCCAUCUGCCUAGACUCUAGUGUCUGUGAAUGGUACUCCCCAUAUAGCUGUCUUCUGAAAGCUGGAUACUGCGUUCAUGUGGUAUCCAGCUGAACAAAAAGAGGAGCAGCAGUUUCUUCUGUCGUUGAUUGAAAGCCUGGCUCUGAGGCUUGUCGGAAGCCUCAGGACAACUCCUGCUGGGUUUUCAAGGGUAAUUUUAAUGGCAGCCUUUUCUGUCAUUCAGGAAAGCAAAACAGAGAAUUUGUUGGGCUUUAGGUUGUAGAGGUUGUUAAAUGGGAUGAAGGAGUCAGCGUGGGGGGGGGCGUUGGAUUAUCCAGAGUUUGAGACUAUACAGGUAGCUGUUGUAGCCCCUGCAUGGGACACUGAUGCCCCCUUUGCCUCCCAGCAGCUCCAUGAACCCCUGGCUGUCCACUGCUGCUGCCCUCACGGCAGCCUGUGCACAUGUCCCUUCGCCAACAUGUGCCUCUAUAGGAACAUGUGUCUCUAUGCUACAUAAGGGCUUCUGCCUCCUCCUGCCUUCUAGUCUCCAAGUGCCUUGUGUGGGCCGCCCCUUAGCAGAACCCUGCAACAGGGCAUCUGGGCCACCUGAACAGGGGAAGAAAGUGGCUAAACGUGGGCCGUCAGUGCGGAGCAUGGCUCCACUGUGUCCUCAGGGCUGAGUGGUUCACGCAGCACUUGUCAGGUAAGCACUGUGCCACUGAGCCACACCCCAGCAGAAUAUGCAGAGAAUUCUGGGUGUGUGUUGCUGGGGAUCGAGCCCAGGGCCUGUGGAUGCCAGACACGUGCUACAGCACUGUGUGUAGCACCCCUGACUGGUUACUAGGCUACAGUGCCUCUGCCCAGACCUGCCACCUGGGGAGACGGAAGAACUCAAAGAGGGGUGAGAGCUUUAUUCACCACUGUAUCCACAGCACCUGUCACAGUGUCAUGCAAAAAAAUGGACACACAAUAAAUAUAAACUAAAUGAAUAUUGUCUUAGUGAGAAUCUCUCCUGUGGUCAGCUCCUAUCCCUAGACAUGCUAGUCUCCAUGCCGAUGGGACAAUAAAUGCUGUAUUCCUUUUGGAGGACAAUUUGGUAAGACUCAUCAGAGCCUGAAGAAUGUACAUGUUCUAUGACCAGCAAUUUUUAAGAAUUUGUCCUGUAACAUAGUAGGAAAUGUAAAUAUUUGUAAUAGGAAACUUGUUAAAUUAUGGUAUAUCCCUAGAAUAUUGCACAGUGUUUAGAAAUGAUAAUAACAGGUUUGAUUGAUGUGAAAUAUUUCAGAAGAGUAUAUAUAUUUUCUCAAUUUUGUAAAAGUAAAAAAAUUAAGGAAAUUGUGUAUGUAGAAGCAUUAAAGUGAAUGAAAUGAACCCAA